AUGGAUCUGCACGCAGUAGCGAUGGAACCGGAGCAGUAUCCAGUACAGACUGCUACUUCACCAGGACAGCUCUCUGGUGGUGGUCUGAAAGCACGAAAUUCGCUGGGCCUCAAACUGCAAAUCAGUGCUCCUCCUGCUAAUGAAGCCAACAGAGUGCUCUGGACACUGGAUACACCGGAUGAAUCGUCGCCGACUUCACUGAGCCCACAGAAGGAUGCGCGAAGCGAUGAUUCCGGCUUUUCAUCCGACGAAAAUGCACAGUUUCUCAUCGAAAAAAUUAGCAAAUUAGGUAUUUUCGAGAAAGAGGGCAAUCACUCAAAAUUCCAAAGGCUUGGUGCAGAUAUUAAGCACGACUACAAGUGGAGUAUGUAUCUCUGGACAAAAAGGCAUGACGUAGUUGAGUCGGUAUGUAUUACCUCACAUCACUGGACUUUUACACUGGCAGUUCCUGGAUCUCCUUUACUUGCUUAUAGCUGA